AAAAUAACAAAAUAAAAAGAUGAUUCUAGACGAAGGGGUAGGCUUUUACAUGCUACAUUUCUGGCAUUGCAAGCUGUGGGAAAAUUGCUGGUUCUUGGGCGCUAGACAUGUCAUCUGUCACACCAGCCGUGGAAACAGUUUUUUCUGUUAAUUCCGAACGCCCUCUCUCAUACCCUAAGCCCGAAGCUGAGUUCCAGGAAAUCGUUCGAAACCCGGAGCUUUUCUGGCAAAAGCUUCAAGCUUUUCACAUUUCAUUGGGUGCCAAAUACUCGAUUCCUACUGUAGCAGGAAAGCCUCUAGACCUUUACCGCCUUUUUGUGGAGGUUACGUUGCAAGGAGGAAUUGAUAAGGUUAUUAGAGAUCGACGAUGGGAGGACGUGAUUGGGGCCUUCAGUUUUCCAUCCUAUGUAACAAGUUCAUCGUUCCUCUUGAGAAAGUACUACCUCUCUGUGUUAUAUCACUUUGAGCAGGUCUAUUACUUCCGCAAGGAAGAGCCUUCAUCUGCCACUGAUACUACAAGCAAAACUUCCAGUUCCUUACAAACCAUGCAUCCUGUGGAUGGUGAUGCCACCAAGAUUGGACAUUCAGAGACUCCCAACAGUCUUGAAGUUGGCAACUCAGUUAUUGGCACAAUUGAUGCAAAGUUUGAAGAUGGCUAUGUAAUUACUGUGAAUAUGGGGUCGGAGGUAUUGAAUGGUGCUCUUUAUCAUAAACCUAUACAACCACACUCACCUCAAAGUGCUAGUACUUCUAGCGGACCUGCGAAACAGACUAGAAAGAAAUACCAGCUUGCACUACCGGAUCACUCUCGACCACGUCAAAAUCUAAGUGGCUACAAUUUCUUUUAUGCCGAACAGUAUGCCAAGCUUAAGCCUUCACAUCAGGGCCAUGCAAAAGCUAUCAGCAAGGAAAUUGGGCUGUUAUGGAGCCGGCUCACAGAUGCUGAGAAACAGGUUUAUCAGGAAAAGGGUUUGCGAGAUAAAGAGAGAUACAGGGUUGAGAUGCUUGAAUAUAAGUCCUCCCAGCCUGUACAAACUUAAGACAUAUAUGGAUGGUGUAUAAUUUCUGGUGUGAUGAAUAUUCAUAACCAUAUACCCCCUCCUGGAGGCUCUUUAUUUCUUUAUCACAAGGGAAUUUGGCAUUUUUCUGUUUUUAUCUUUACAAGGGUAAUCGUUACUUCUAACUAGGGGUGGACCGGUCAUAACCGGAACCGACCAGUUCCUAGGAUCGGGUUGCCCAGUUCGAUUAGGAGACUGGCCCCUGGGGGUUAACGGGUCCCGGGCGUAGUUUGUAGGGACCAGAACCGGCAGGUCUGAUCCUGGUUUGGUCUUUUUGUUUUUGUUUUUUGCAUUUCAAGCUUUAGAAGCAUUUGUUUUAAGAGGUGUAAAUUCAUUUGAAACUGAUUCUGCUUUGCUUUAUAGACGGCGGUUGGGAGAGUUAGGGGGUGUUUGGAACUGAUUCUGUUUCUUUUUUUUAAAGUAGAAGCAGAAUCAGAAUCAGUUUUCAGGAGUUAGUACCCCCCAGCUUCUAAAAAAACUGAUUCUGAGAGUAAAUUAGAGCACCAGAAGUGCUUCUGGAAUUUCACUCAAACACUCCAGCUUCUCCUUCUGCUCCUUGAAGGAGCAGAAUCAGUUUUGAGAAUCAGAUCCAAACACCCCUUAAUAGAUGCACAAGAAGAUUUAAAGAAAAAGGGAUUGGGACUGAGACCGGGAUUGAAAUUGGCCCCAAACCAGAAUAACCAGCAUUGGUCUCGGUUCAAGGUAUCUCAAACCCCAAAGGCCAAAACCUCGGCACCGAAACUAACCCAGAAUUGGAUUGGUCCAUCCCUACUCUAUCUUGUGAACAACAAAUACCAUAAUUCCUUCCUUCAGUUCUGCAUAUGUAGAGAGUCGUAGAGAAACAAAGAGUUUAUAUAGUGUAACUUUUUAUUUAAGCAUUUUGUAUUUAAUUGUAUUUAAACAUAAAUUGUAUGACAUUUUAUUUAAGCAUUUUGCGAAUGACGUAAAAU